AUGAUUUUGCAUUUCCGGGGGAGGAGAACUGUUUAUAAACAAAAUAGUUCUCCCCCGUCAGCUGGUGCGCUGCUUUGGAUGGCUGUGCAGAGCACAACCAUGAAAAGCAGUGUGCUUACAGUGAAGCACAGGGACACAGCACUAUAUAAAACAGUACAGUUAACCCUUUAAUCGCCCCUCAUGUUAACCCCUUCCUGCCCAGUGUCAUUAGUACAGUGUCAGUGCUUUUUAUUAGCACUGAUCACUGUAUUGGUGUCACUGGGGAUGUCAGUGACACUAAGUCAGUUCCCCCCAGUGUCAGAAUGCCCGAUGCAGUCCCGCUAUAAGUCGCUGAUCGCCGCCAUUACUAGUAAAAUUUAAAAA